GAAAAUGUCGACGGAGCUGAAAAAUCAAUAACACACAAUUUGCUCGUCCAGAAUUUUCCCAAUUUGCUGCAGUGCUGUGAACAGAAUCCUUGGAAUAUCUCCGUGCGGUGAAAAGAAAGUAUUUCCGUGACCUCAGUGCGAUAAAGAAACCCUCCGGAAUGGCCGACAACGAGCAGAAAGCGAUGCAGCUGAUAGCGGAAGCGGAGAAAAAACUGAACUCAUCGAAAGGGUUUUUCGGGUCGCUAUUCGGGGGUGGCUCGAACAGAGUGGAGGAUGCGAUGGAAUGCUAUACGCGGGCGGCGAAUAUGUUCAAAAUGGCCAAGAAGUGGAGUCAGGCUGGGUCGGCCUUCUGCGAGGCCGCAAAUCUGCACGCCAAGGCCGGCAGUCGACAUGACGCAGCCACGAACUACGUCGACGCCUCCAACUGUUACAAAAAAACCGAUCCAAACGAAGCCGUCAACUGCCUGUUGAAGGCGAUCGAUAUUUACACCGACAUGGGACGCUUUACGAUGGCGGCCAAACACCAUCAGAGCAUUGCUGAGAUGUAUGAAAACGAAGCCAACGAUUUGCAACGAGCGGUGCAGCACUACGAACAGGCGGCAGACUACUUUAAAGGCGAGGAAUCGACUAGUUCCGCCAACAAGUGCAUGCUAAAGGUGGCACAGUAUGCGGCCCAGCUCGAGGACUACGAGAAGGCCAUACAGAUCUACGAGCAGGUUGCCGGUUCCUGCCUCGACAGCUCGCUGCUCAAGUACAGCGCCAAGGAGUACUUCUUCCGUGCUGCGCUCUGUCAUCUGAGUGUCGAUCUGCUCAAUGCUCAGCAUGCCAUGGAGAAGUACGCACAACAGUAUCCGGCAUUCCAGGACUCGCGGGAGUACAAGCUGGUUAAGACGCUAUGCGAACACUUGGAAGAACAAAAUGUGGACGGGUUCACCGAAGCGGUCAAGGAGUACGACAGCAUUUCCAGGCUGGACCAGUGGUAUACCACGAUCUUGCUCAGAAUCAAGAAGCAAGCCAACGAUAACCCAGAUCUGCGAUAAAGUGUUCGAGCACCGCUCGCUGAUCCGCGUGUGAUUCUUAACGUUUUUGUUUUGUUUUUUCAUGUGCUCUCCGUGCUUAGAGGACACAAUUAUUUCCCGAAACACACACAUACACAAAGAAAACGAUCACAAAUCGAGGUUGCAGGCAGACACCGCAGGGCUCUUGCGCAUGUUCUCGGGAGCCCAGCGUUCUCACCAGUUUUGGAGUGCAUACUCGUUUUAAACCAUACGUCUAUCCCACUGGAAAACAAGCACACAAAAUCGUAGAAAAAAAGGAAAAAUCAAACACAUUUUAUCCCCAUGUACUGUCUCUAUGUACGAUAGUGAUUAUUCGCUAAACAGACUAACCUGUAAAGAUAUCGAACACUCGCGUUAAUGUAUGAUUCCCCCGUGCCGCUGCCUAUCGCGUGAUUUGUAUAUUUUGGCAUCCUGAACAUUACCGUUUACCCAUCAUCCGUUUCCCUUUAUUUCCGUUGCGUCCGGUGGAAUUUUUGUUGCAGGCUAUCCAGCAGGCUCCCAUUAUUAUUUUUUGUAUUUUCUUGUUUUUGUUACUAAAUUGCACUACUCUUAGCUAUUAAGACGUUAUAUACAUUACCAAUCUAAGUAGGCAGCGAGAGCAAAUUGGACGAUGCAAAUAUUAUGAAUUUCUCCAUCGAAGAGCACACGGGAUGAUGACCGGUAGACACAGACAUACACAACAUUACCAUUAACUAGAACGGUUGUACGAUGGUCAUGUGAUCAGGAUUUCGCUCCUCGGCAUAUUAUUUAGUGCGCUCCUUCACCGGCCCGAUCGUUUUCGGGCGAAAGGUAGACGGCGGAGGGCUAUUUAGUGCUUUCGGAGGUGUUGAACGCUUUUCAGCGGGCUUUGCAAACGGUGAGCAAUUGAGCGUAAAAUCCGAUGCCGGCAACUGAGGUUGCAGUCUGCAGCAAAAUUACACAGAUAUGUUACAUUAGGCUAGACGAAGUGCAGUGAAAGAUAGAUAUUAUGCCCCUUUGCGUUGCGUAGCAGUAGACGAAUCAGGUGGGCAUUAAAAUAAUAUUAUAUUGGAUUUGCAGCAAAUCGAUCCUAGCAAAUCCUCCGACAGCAGAAGGGUAUAGUCAUACGAGAACCCCACGGUAAAAAAACCAAUAUUUAUCUUACAUCUUACUGAACCGCGGAAGAAAAAAAACAGUCAGCUGAAAUCUUACUAGCAUCGAAGAUCAACUUGUUACUAGAUUUAGGCAAUGGCCCGUCAGAAGCCCAAACCCUCGGAUUGGCCAGUAGAAAGCCCCCAGAAAGGCCCAGCCAACAAGCGGUUGGGAUCGGAUUGGAUUGCAUCAGAAUGAGCGCGAGCACCUUCUCACGGAUGGUGAUCGAGUGCUUCAUCAGUAUCCAUGACAAGCCAACCUCAACAAGGUCAACUAGAAUGGGCGCAUAAUCAUACUCCAACGCAGGGUGCCCUCAUUCAUUAAAGUACGGCACACCUCUCCUAAACGAAGCUUCACACCAUUGAAUCCACUGCGGCAGAAUGGGAAUGGGGCGGCCGUCUCGACAGCGGAGCAGUGGCCCAGAAUGGCGCUGCCAGCAGAGUGGCAAAUCGAAAAGAAAACAUUAGCAAAAUGCAAACUAUACUAACGACUACAUGUUUCCAAUUGAAUUGCAAUAACAAAAUUACGUGAAUGAAGUCAAUAAAAUAAAAUCAACGCUACA